UCAGAGAGGUUUGGAUAGAGCGAGAGAGGAGGGAGAGCCUGGGCGCAGACCCACGCACAUGCACACAAACACACAGCUCUGCGCGGCGUGAUAAGACACACAACAGCCCCUGGAAGACACCGGCUGAUCACUUCAGUCUCGACAGCAUCUUUAAAAAAAAACAAAACAAAACAAAACAAAAAACCCUGCCCGUCAGGACUCGUUGACACAAUCGUCGUUUGUUUUUGCUUUUUUUUUUUUGUCUUUGCAUUUUUUGUGGAGACGCGCCGAAGAGAUGCGGUGAAUCGGAUGGAGACACUCUUUCUGGUUUGACUCUAGAAAGGCAGCAAGUCUGCAUACACAACCACAAGAAACAAAACAGGUAUCAGUGAAGAGAAAAGGGAGCUCGAGUUACUUAAAGGAUUCUAUUUGUGAAGUUAAAACACACACUGAGACUUUCGCAGCCCAGGAACUAUACAUUGCGCGGACGAAUUAUCUUCCAUUUGGAGGCGAAAGAGCAAAAGUAAUCCACAUUCAGAGAAAAGGGGAGCUCAGCCAUGGAAGUCGCAGCGGCUGAUCAGUCUCGGUGGAUGGCGCACCAUCACGCAGUGCUGAACGGCCAGCACCCGGACUCUCACCACCACAGUCUGAGCCACAACUACAUGGAGCCCAUGGCGCCUUUACUGCCCCAGGACGAAGUUGACAUGUUUCUGAACCACUUGGACUCUCAAGGGAACCCCUACUACACCAACUCCCGGGCAAGGGUCACAUAUAGCCAAGCACACGCUCGCCUCACUGGGAACCAGGUUUGCCGACCCCAUCUCAUUCACAGCCCCGGUAUUCCCUGGCUGGACCCGGGGAAAGCAGCCCUGUCCGCUGCCCACCACCAUAACGCAUGGGCGGUCAGCCACUUCAGCAAACCCGGCCUACACCCCACCGGCUCCGGCUACCCCUGCAGCAGCAGCACCGGCACGGCCCCGGUGUCGUCCCUCACUCCGGCGUCCCACUCCAGCCCGCACCUUUAUAGUUUCCCCCCUACCCCACCGAAGGACGUGUCUCCGGACCCCGGGCCUACCUCCCCGACCUCCACCUCGACUAGGAUGGACGAGAAGGAUUCGAUCAAGUACCAGGUGCCGCUGGCGGACGGUAUGAAAAUGGAGAGCUGUAGCCCGUUGCGCAGCGGCCUGGCCUCGAUGAACAGCCAGGGCCCGGCCACGCACCACCCCAUCCCGACCUACCCAGCAUACCCUCUGCCCACACCCCACGAUUACAGCGGCAGUCUGUUCCACCACGGAGGCCUACUCGGCGGAUCCUCCUCCAGCUUUACGCCCAAAUGCAAAAGCAAAGCCAGGUCGAGCUCAGAAUUAUAUGCAGAGGGCCGUGAAUGUGUAAACUGCGGCGCCACCUCCACCCCUCUGUGGCGACGGGAUGGUACCGGCCACUACCUGUGCAACGCCUGUGGACUGUACCAUAAGAUGAACGGCCAGAACAGACCACUUAUAAAGCCCAAACGUAGACUGUCCGCUGCUAGACGCGCAGGCACCUGCUGUGCAAAUUGCCAGACCACAACCACCACCCUCUGGAGGCGCAACGGGAACGGGGACCCGGUGUGUAAUGCCUGCGGGCUUUACUUUAAACUUCACAAUGUCAACAGACCCCUGACCAUGAAGAAAGAAGGAAUCCAGACACGCAACCGCAAGAUGUCCAGCAAGUCCAAGAGGAACAAACGAGCUGGGGAUGGCUUCGAUGAGCUAUCCAAGUGCAUGCAGGACAAGGCCUCUCCCUUCGGUGCUGCUCCUGGCCUCACUAGCCACAUGACCCACAUGGGUCACCUGCCCCCCUUCAGCCACUCGGGACACAUGCUGCCUACUCCCACGCCCAUUCACCCUUCAUUCGGUCACCCCCACCACUCCAAUCGCUCGCCAGUCUGGGCCGAGCCACACUGAGGCCCUUCAGACCCAGUACGCCUCCGCCUGUAGGAGCCACCACAUCGCCAUUAACACUACAUGGCCUCUACAUCACGUAGAAAGCUGAGCAGACUUCUUGCGUCAUGUACAGUGGUUGGAGGGGAGGGACUUUCGGUUGGACUGAAUGACUGAAGGUCACGUCAUGCCUGACCUCACUGCAGAGAGCAGGACUUUAUUGGACUCUGAAGAGCUAAUGUGGCGAGGGGUUUCUAAACCCCCAAGUGACUGAGACUUGCAGGACCAGAGUGAAUGGAGACGCUUGUCACUCUUUUUGCUUAUUUUUACUAAGUCACUUUGGUACACACCUCUCCUUGACCCUGUAAAAGGAGACUUACGAGAGGUCUUUAAAAGAACCAUUGUUUUCACCUCACGACCAUCUCAUUAUAGACUCAGAUACAUACAUCCUGCCCAUCCCCCGGUUGCUGUCUGUCUUUGCAGAGGACAGACACUCUUUGGCACUGAACGUCUUAAGACUGGCUGAUUUCAGGCGGCUGCAGCAUCCGUUCGCUUCUGUUACACACCAGUCAGACUACAGUACCCAUAAACCAGUGCUCUCCUCAUAUGCUGGAUUGUACACCACCACAGCGCUCACCUGUUUUUAAUAACGGACAUUUAUGGAAAAAAGACACAGUAAAUAGAGUGUUUAUAAAUGCUUAAUUGCUAUUAUUGUUGUUAUAUUUGAUGUUAUAAUUAUUGCUACAAUAAUUUAUUUUCACUGUUUAAGCUUUUGUCAAAGACACAUAGAAACUGUUAUGAUUUUAUUUUCAUGGUUAUUAUGUAAAGAAAAACACUGACCUAUCUUAGACGAAAAGUCCCUGAGCUGUACGUUUUUAUCAUUUUUCCAUCUCACAAAAGUAAAGGAAAUAAAGUUUAAUACUGAAGUAAAAUCUG